AUGGUGGUCCUGUCAGCUGCGAUCAUCAGCAAGACGGGAAAAGCAUUGGUGGCUCGACAAUUCGUAGACAUGGCUCGGAUUCGCAUCGAAGGGUUGCUUGCAGCUUUCCCUAAACUCAUUGGAAGCGGGAAGCAGCACACGUUCGUCGAGACCGAGAAUGUGCGAUAUGUGUAUCAAUCACUCGAAGGUCUCUAUUUACUGCUCGUCACGAACAAGCAAAGCAACAUCUUAGAAGAUCUCGAGACUCUACGCCUACUAUCGAAGCUUGUACCCGAGUACUGUCCAGGAUUGGACGAGGAAUCCGUGUGUCACAUGGCCUUCGAGCUCAUAUUCGCGUUCGACGAGGUCAUUUCGCUGGGCCACAAGGAGAACGUGACUAUAGCGCAGGUGAAGCAGUUCACGGAGAUGGAGAGCACGGUGGAGAAGCAGUACAAGGCGGACAUGCUGAGCAAGAUCAACGAGACCAAGGACCUCAUGAAGAAGAAGGCGCAGGAGAUCGAGAAGCUCCGGGCGGACAAGAGAGUCGAUCGUGGGGGGAUUUCAGGCGGGCUGUCGAGCAUGGGUCCGGGCGGGGGAGGUCAGAUGUCCAUAAACAAUGGGUUCCCGGAGAUGGGCAGGAUGGGAGGCGGUGGAGGCUUUGGAGCUCCCGUGUCAUCUGGUCCAGAACCAGGGCGGGCGGGCGGGAGCAUGGCGGCGCCGUCCAAGGGCAUGGGCAUGAAGCUGGGCAAGUCCACCAAGACGAACCAGUUCCUCGAGUCCCUCAAGGCGGAGGGCGAGAACAUCGUCGAGGACGCCUCGCUCCUGUCCGCUGCUGCCGGUGCGGGUGUGGCGGGCGCGGGCGGUGGUGGCGGGCAGGCGGCGUUCGUGGCGACGGACCCGAUCACGAUCCUGGUGGAGGAGAAGGUGGUGGUGGUGUGGAAGCGCGACGGCGGGCUGGAGAACAUGGAGGUGCAGGGCACCAUGGCGCUCACCGUGCUCAAGGAAGAAGAUGCAUUCAUCCGCAUCCAGAUCGAGGGCGGGCAUGACAAGAGCUUCCAAUUCAAGACGCAUCCGAACAUUGACAAGGCGCUGUACGGCAGCCAGAACAUCCUGGGGCUCAAGGACCCCAACCGACCCUUCCCCACUGGCAGCCCGCUGGGCAUCCUCAAGUGGCGCAUGCAGUCCAAGGAUGAGACCGUUGUCCCCAUCAGCAUCAACUGCUGGCCGUCGGUGUCAGGAGCAGACACGUACGUGAACAUAGAGUACGAGGCCACGCAGGCAUUCGACCUGCGCCACGUGGUGGUCGAGAUCCCGCUGCCGGCGCUGCGUGAGGCGCCCACGCUCAAGGACUACGACGGCGAGCCCAGAUAUGAUUCAAGGAGAUCCGUGCUGGAGUGGUGCAUCGACCUCAUUGACAACUCCAACCGCAAUGGGUCGAUGGAGUUUGUGGUUCCAGCCACCAACCCGGACGUCUUCUUCCCCAUUGAAGUGCGCUUCACGUCUGCCAAGACCUUCUGCGACGUCAAGGUUGUAUCUUCAUUCCUCUCCGUUCACUCAUUCUCGCCCGCCCGUGCAGAUGGCGACGGGCGCAUCACGGGUCCGGACGCCGUUCCCUUCUUCAAGCGCUCCGGCCUCAUGCAGCACGAGCUCAAAGCGGUACGCGAUGAAACCCGUACGAGCGGAACCGUGCCUCACGAUACCUAUUUCUUCACCAUGUCUUCCUAUCCCCACACCUCCCGCGGACCACUCUUCCCCGCGCCUCGCGCACGAGCGCAGAUCUGGGCGGCUGCGGACGACCGUCGCCAGGGCUAUCUGGGCAUGGAGGAGUUCGUGGUGGCCAUGCGGCUGAUCGCCAAGCAGCAGCUGCUGUCGCGCGGGGAGGACAUGCCCGCGCGCCAGCCGUGCUUCCCGGCGCUGAGGGGGCUGGACGAGGCGCUGGCGUCCGACAGCAUCCUCGCCUGCACGGCCUCCAUCGAGUCCGACACGCACGAGGAGCCGGAUCCCUCUCUGGCCGCAUCUCUCAUGUCGCUCUUCAAGCCCAAGACCAAGAAGCCGCUACCGCAGGGCGCCAUAACGUCGGUGGUGGACGGGCUGAGGGGGCUGUACGACAGCAAGCUGCGGCCGCUGGAGGAGGCAUACCGCUUCCACGACUUCCACUCGCCCGCCCUCACGGGGAGCGACUUUGAGGCCAAGCCCAUGGUGAUGCUGCUGGGGCAGUACAGCACGGGCAAGACCACCUUCAUCCGCCACCUUCUCAGCCGCCCCUACCCUGGGUCGCACAUCGGACCCGAGCCCACCACCGACCGCUUUGUUGUCGUCAUGAACGGCCCUGAUGAUCGCAGCAUACCGGGCAACACGGUGGCAGUGAGUGCCGACAUGCCCUUCGCCGGUCUCACCCGCUUUGGCUCCGCCUUCCUCGAGAAGCUCGAGGUGGCACAGCUGCCCCACCCCCUGCUGGACCACAUAUGCCUGGUGGACACGCCGGGAGUGCUGGCGGGGGAGAAGCAGCGCACCCAACGCAGCUACGACUUCACUGGGGUCACCGAGUGGUUCGCGUCCAAGUGCGAUCUCAUCCUGCUGCUCUUCGACCCCCACAAGCUGGACGUGAGCGACGAGUUCAAGCGCGUGAUCACGUCGCUGCAUGGCAACAAGGAUAAGAUCCGCCUCGUGCUCAACAAGGCGGACCAGGUCAACACACAGCAGCUCAUGCGAGUGUACGGGGCGCUCAUGUGGUCCCUGGGGAAGGUCAUCAACACGCCUGAAGUCAUGCGCGUGUAUAUCGGAUCUUUCUCGGACACAGCUCCUGGCAAGAAGAAGCUUCCUGCAAAGAAGCUUCCUGGCAAGAAGAAGCUUCCUGCCCAGAAACCACGCAAGAAAGCGCUUCAGCUGCGGUCAGCAACGCAGCAGACGACCAUCAGAGGCGAGUCAGCAGCAUGCAAGGAGGCGAAGGAGACAAAGGAUAUCCCAGACAAGGAAAAGGAGGAGACGGGAAUCAAGGAAGCAGAGAGUGAGAAGGAUGCGAGGAACGAGUGUGCAACAGUGGGAGAAGAGAGUGCGAACGGUGCAGGUCUUGAGAAGGGAAAUGGGGAGAGCGGAGAGGAGGUUGGAGAGAAGAGCAAAGAGGAGGGAAAAGAGGAGUGCGGCAAUGCAGCAGAGGGGCGCAGAAGAGCCGAGCUGGAAACCAGCCGAGACAAGGAGAACGUGGCGCCUAUGUGCCAUGGCGAGGUGAAGGCUGGAAUUGGAAGCGGGAAUUAUGAGCAGGCACAGAAUCAAAUCGAUGAGGAGGAAGUGGAAGAGGAGGAGGAAGAGGAGGAGGAGGACACGGAGGGGCGGCUGGGGCGCGCGCUGUUUGAGCGAGAGAUGAAUGACCUGCUGUGUGACCUGGGUGACCUGCCCCGGAAGAGCUGCGACCGCAAGAUCAACGAGUUUGUGAAGAGGGCGAGGGCAGCGAGGGUGAACGCGUUCAUCAUCGCCCACCUCCGCGCGCAGCUGCCCCUCUUUGGCCGCGCCAAGGCGCAGCAGCGCCUCAUUGAGAACCUGCCACAGGAGUUUGAGAAGGUGGCUCGGGAGCAUCGCCUGGCAGAGGGCGACCUCCCACCCGUGGCGCUCUUUCAGCGCGCACUAGCCGGGUGUGCGUUUGAGAGCUUUGAGCGUCUCAAUGUGAAGCUUGUGGAAGAGUCGCCCCUCCCUCCUACCCCGCCAUCGCCAUUCCCUCCCAUCCCGCCGCUACCUCUCACCCCGUCGUCGCCUCUCACUCCCACCUCCCUGUCGCCUCUCCCUCACUCCCCGCCAUCGCCACUCCCUCCCUUCCCGCCAUCUCCACUACCUCCCAUCCCGCUGCCGCCUCUUCUCCCAUCCCGCCGCCGCCUCUCCCUUCUCCCCGCCGUCGCCUCUCCUUCCCUCCUCGCCGUCGCCUCUCCUUCCCUCCUCGCCGUCGCCUGUCCUUCCCUCCCCGCCGUCGCCUCUCCUUCCCUCCCCGCCGUCGCCUCUCCUUCCCUCCCCGCCGUCGCCUGUCCUUCCCUCCCCGCCGCCGCCUCUUCUUCCCUCCCCGCCGCCGCCUCUCCUUCCCUCCCCGCCGUCGCCUCUCCUUCCCUCCCCGCCGUCGCCUCUCCUUCCCUCCCCGCCGUCGCCUGUCCUUCCCUCCCCGCCGUCGCCUCUCCUUCCCUCCCCCCCGUCGCCUCUCCUUCCCUCCCCGCCGUCGCCUCUCCUUCCCUCCCCGCCGCCGCCUCUCCUUCCCUCCCCGCCGUCGCCUCUCCUUCCCUCCCCGCCGUCGCCUCUCCUUCCCUCCCCGCCGUCGCCUGUCCUUCCCUCCCCGCCGUCGCCUCUCCUUCCCUCCCCGCCGUCGCCUCUCCUUCCCUCCCCGCCGUCGCCUCUCCUUCCCUCCCCGCCGUCGCCUCCGGCGACAAAGCGCGAGGGAGAGCGUGUGCGCGGGAGCGAACGCGCAGGAAAGUGCGCGUGAGAGUGCUCGUGAGAGUGCGCGUGAGAGUGCGCGUGAGAGUGCGCGUGAGAGUGCGCGUGAGGGUGCUCGUGAGAGUGCGCGUGAGAGUGCGCGUGAGAGUGCGCGUGAGAGUGCUCGUGAGAGUGCGCGUGAGAGAGCGCGUGAGAGUCCGCGUGCGCGUGAGAGUGCUCGUGAGAGUGCGCGUGAGAGUGCGCGUGAGAGUGCGCGUGAGAGUGCGCGUGAGAGUGCGCGUGAGGGUGCUCGUGAGAGUGCGCGUGAGUGUGCGCGUGAGGGUGCGCGUGAGAGUGCGCGUGAGGGUGCGCGUGAGAGUGCUCGUGAGAGUGCGCGUGAGAGAGCGCGUGAGAGCUCGCGUGCGCGUGAGAGAGCGCGUGAGGUGA